GAAUCAUAUUUCACAUAUCCACCCGAGCCAGAAUCUCCUGUCAACCAUGAUGUCCUGUUCCGGCCAGGAACCGCCCCGGAUGGCUCCGACACCUUCACGCCCAGAACGCUCAUAUACGAUCUGAAAGGUGCGUUCGGAAGCAUGAGGAAGACCAACGCAUUGUACGAGCACGAGGAUGACAGGAAUAUACUGGACCAGACCGGUGUGUGGCCCUCGAAGCCUGUCGUACAGCGCUCUCAACCUAUCCAGCAAUCGGCCUUCCAGGAGCACCUUGACGCCGGCCUGGACCCACCGCCACUGAGUACUUCGAGUGUUCGAUACUGGUCUGACUACAGCCGAGUGUACUAUCACCCCAAGUCAAUUGUUCAGCUGUCAGAGUUCGACGUCAACGAUCAGCUUAUGCCGUUUGAAAGCUGGGAAGUCGGUAUGGAUCUCUUCGAAAAGCUUGAGCGGGAAGUCGAUUUAGUCGACAGAGAUCUACGGCCGUUUGUCGAAGAGUGCGACGGCAUCCAAGGGCUGCAAAUCUUCACUGGUGUUGAUGACGCCUGGGGCGGUUGGACAUCUGGGUGGAUAGAGCGGCUACGGGACGAGUAUGGCAAAUUGAGCAUAUGGACUUGGGGACUAGGAGACCAAGGCGCGAACACCACAGUCCCGAGGGAGAAGCGACUACAACAAGUCGUAAAUGCUGCACGAUCACUGCACGCCCUCGCCGAGCAUUCCUCUGUUUAUGUACCCAUAUCUAACAAACCAUCCAAGCUCGCGAGGUAUCUGUCGAUGGACGCAACAUCGCCAUGGCAUAUUGGCGCUCUACAGGUUAUGGGAGUUGAGAGUAUGACAAUAUCGUCUCGACUGAAAACAUGCAACGGCGGCCGAGGAACACUUCAAGACCUCGAAGACACCUUCAACAGCACCGGAAAACGGCGGAUAGCCAAGCUUGAACUGAGCGUCGCUGAUCCAGAGGUUCUUUCAGAGAAGGUUGCGGAAGAGGCUGCGCAGGCUGAAAAGCAAGGUUCGAUGGCAUCAAGAAAGACGAGCGAGGGUGACCACGAGCUGAGCAGCUUCGACAUCGACGUCUUCACAAAGGACUACAGAGCCGCCACAAGAGCUGGGAGAAAAGAGCAUGUUUUCGGCAGAGCAGAAGCGUUACGAGGGGCAUGGAAUCUGCCUGACAACGAGCGUGAUCCUCGGGAUCGAUUUGAUCAAGGACCGGCGGUGCAGAGGUAUGUUGUUUCGUUUCCUGGGCCCGUGUUGUUCCCAUUACUCGACAGCUUCCCAAAAACAAUGUUCGACGUGGGAUCAAGACAUGCCAGCAAACUUGCCGUCCACGCCGGACUGACCACGAGCACGGCUGUGGCGGAUCAAGUGCGAGCCAUUGAGCAGCUUGUCAAGCGGUUGGUAACAGUCAAUGAAAGAGAGGCACUCUGCGAUGGGCUGCAAGUGAUAGCAGAGGAAUAUGAUGAGGGAUGGGAUAGCGGUACCGAUAGCGAUGACGAUGAGUAG